AUGUUCUAUGAGAGAUUUACCGGGAAGAAAAAGAUGACGAGUCAGAGAGGCAUUACAACCCUCGGUGAGCUGCUGGGUGAGCAGACCGAAUCUGACAAAGAUGAAGAGGUGCUAGAAAGGGUUAAGAUUCUGGCUCAGGAGCAUCUUCCGGAAGGAUGGACUAACUGGGAGGUAUCCACAGUCACUAAGGAGGAAGUCUUCGGUGAAAAGAUUGAACCAAGCGUGAUGAACAAACUCGUCUUCGCACUACCUACCGUGGGACUGACCCGCGCUUUCUUACCCGAUGCUAACCAUCUUUCGGAGAAAGGCUAUCGUGUUAUUAGACUUAAGUUACUUGAUUGGGCUUUCACGCGAGCUCUGAUUCUUGGUCCUCCGGCAGUAGCUAACCGCAUCCGCGGCUCCGCCUUACGCACUGAACUAUUUAAGCAAGCAGUUGAGCCACUGCGACCUCUUUUACAUACAAGAUCUGAGGCUGAUGCAAUUCUGUCAGGUCGUCGCUUGGGAAGUGAGGAGACCAACCGGAAGAGGAGAAGUAACUCAUCAUCGACUUCAUACAGCCACUAUCAGCACGAAGAGCCUCCGCUACGAAGACGUAGAGUAGAAUCGCCGUCCCCGAUACAGGAUGCUAGAAUUGGAGCUCUGGAACAAAGGGUGGAGGACAUGUUUUCCAUUAUCUUAGAAAGACUAGAGCCACGGCAGCGUGAUGACCCGGAGUCUGAUAAGGAAAAUGAAUCUUACGAUGAGGUCGAAAUAUCAUCGGAAGCUUCUAACUCCCCUUCGUGGCAUGCACCCCCAUUGGAUCUUUCGGAUUGGCAUGGCGAAGGAAACGAGAGAGAGCUAGAAUUUUUGCCGUCUAUCAAAGAAGCAGACCCUCUUAUACCUGAGCCUUCAGCGGAGCUCAAAUGCGAGGGUAUUGAAUGUCAACGGUUGGGCACGGAAAGUUGGAACCGUGUUCGUUAUAAAGAAGUCGAAAAGCACUUGCACGCAGGGUCGGUAUUCAGUGCUUUGAAGGUGAAUACUGAGUUGGGAACUCUGGCAUCACAACCUUCACCUAGCAUGAACAAGCAAGAGGGGAUGCUCGGUACGAUUACGCACGGCUUGCUACUUCAAUGCAAGGCCCUUGCGAGAGUUUUAAUGCUAUUGUAA